GAAGACGUCAUCGUGAUGGUGCAUUUUUGAUGUGACGCCAUCAAAACAUGCGGUGUUCCCUCACAUACACAACAAUUUAUAACCUACAUUUUGAUUGGUUCAAUUUGACCUGACCCGUCCUUUCAGCCAAUGAGGGAGAGUUUCACAUCUCCGUGGUUGUAAACAGAAGAAGACGACAAGACAAUACGUUUCUAGCAAGUUCUAAGACAAGUUACUCAGCUUUUUAAACACUAAGGUGUUACUUGAGCCAGCACGGAUAUUUCUUUUACUUUCGAAGGGCUGGAUAUCGAGAUCUGAACUGUGUGCGACGUUAUUUUAAGCGUAAACAAGCUGACUUCCGAUGUCCCUGUGUCUAGGAGAAUAAGAUGUACACUUCAAGUUUCAGUGGUUUCAGUGGAGAUUUCCGAACAAGACCUACCGUAGCGUUAGGUGGAGCGAGCAGGAAGGAACCCCGGGAUGUACUACUGAAGAGAGCUCAGGUGGAAAGAGAGAAAAGAGAGGAGCAGAGAAGACGUCAGAAUGCCAGCAUCACUAUCCAGUCUUACGCACGGGCCAUGUGGGUCAGGAACGAACAGAAAGACCACCAGAGGAUGCUGUAUGAUGCCUGUAUGACAGACAUGGAGAGGGGACAGGUCACCCCUGACCCAAGUAACCUGUCCUGGCUGGCCAGGAGGCUGCUGUUCUUCUACACACAACAACAGGACACAGACAGACUGGUGAAACUGUGCCAGCUGUUGCUGAAGAAGAAGAAUGUGGGCAGUCUGGUGUGUACCAUCGGGAAGGACACAUGGACUCACCAGAUCAAACGGAUCUUACUGCUGUCUUCAAGGUACCUAGAGAUGAUAGCAGAGUCCCGUAGCCCCAUUGCUGUUCCCCUGCGGAUGUUAGAGACGUUUACAGACACCGCAGUCUACCAGGAGAGUUCCCUCCUCACUCACCAACAGUCAGAGAUGGUCGUGUUAGAAACCAUGGAUUACCUGUGCAGUCAUGGUUACUUCAGACAUGUUGGGUCUCUGGUGAACAGUAGAAUACCUGACAGCAUUGAACACUCCACCAACCCUCCCACCCCUCUUGCUGCUACCUUACUAGAGUUUAUAGUAAAGCCACUAACUUUGAUCAGCUCACAGCAAGCCAAAGACACAUACAGAGAUACUGUCCUGUGGGCCUUGUGUAAGGACCUUCUAACUCAACCAAUCACAGAGCAGGUUAGAAACUUCAUCCUGCCGGCCAUGGCUGGUGGGAAACAAGGCUUCCCAUUUGAGGACCUUUUACAGGCAUUGGCUCCUGUCAAUCACGAUGUUCCAGCCAAUGAGGGGGAGUCUUCACCUGUCAGUCAUUCUAGGGUGGAGCCAUCUCCUUGGUUGCUGUAUUCCUUGUUAGAAUUAGGAGAUUGUCAAGUAGAGAGGUUGAACCAGUCAGCCCUGACAUCGUACCUGCAUGUGUUAGAGACUCUCCUGCCAACAUUACCCAGUGUGGGGAGGGCCGCUAGUCACCAGGCAGCUGACUCAGACUCAGAAGAAGAAGACAUGGAUACCUUAGACCCCAUGUUCUUAAAGUCGGGCAGCCUGAACUCCCCCCAGGCCCUGAGGGAACAGUGCAUCGCCAUGCUGGGGUCCUGGAACCACAUCAACUGUUUCCUGCGCUGUAUCUUCAGCGGUCUGUCCCACCCCACCCUGCUGGCCCUGUGUUCUAUCUUACACACCCUCAUGGCCAGGCAUAACCUACAGGUCCACAAGUUCAGAUUAUUGUACACACUAGCCUUCAACGGAGCCUUCCUGAGGCAGCUGUAUGCAGCAGUGUUGGGUGCAACCAAGACAACAGCCACGGGCUCCAAGGUGCAGCUGCUGCAGCUGUUGGCAGGUGGCAUCCCCAUGGCACCUGAGGAUGCCCAGCGAGUCGUCCCCCCGCUGUCCCUGUUCUGUUCCCUCUUCAGCCAUUCCCUCAUGUCCCUGCAUGACAUCGACUUCUAUGCAGAGAAGCCAGACCGUUCCCACGCCAUGCCGUUCCGCCUGUCCGAGCUGGUGUCCAUGAGCGCAGUCCUGAGGGACGUGUGUGUGGGCAUCAUAGAGCUGGCCAUACCUGACACUAAACCUACUGUAGGGGAGGACUAUAGGAAAGCCAUGAACAGUGUGGGUGCCAAGGUGUCUGAUGGGGCCGACCUUGACUUCCAGAGACAGACGGAAGACUGGGCACAUCUGUUCAAGGUGAUCACCCAUGUAGUUGCCCAGUUGAAAGCACGUGACACCAGACAGAGGUUCUGUCCACACGGCCACUGGCUGUCCACCAGAGUCAACAUACAGGCUACCAGGCCCUCAGCCAUGCAGCGUGGUCAGACCAUGUCACUGUUUGGCAGAAGGAGGCCGUUCCCAGGUCUGGUACAGCUGGGCAGGAGUGACAUGGAUGUUAACGAUGAAGAUGCUCCUUUACUGUCUGUCACGGAGACUAGACAACUCACCAUCUUAAAGGAGCUACCAUUUGUGGUGCCCUUCGAGGAAAGGGUCAAGCUGUUCCAGCAGCUGAUUCUGAAGGACAAAGACGAGCACCAGGCUGACUCCAUGUUCUUCCUGGAGCGGGGAAACUCUCGCCUCAUCGACGUCAUGAUCAGGAGGAACUACAUCUACGAGGACGCGUACGACAAACUCUCGCCAGAGAACGAACCGAACCUGAAGAAGAGAAUGAGAGUGAACCUGGUGAACUUCCAGGGUCUUGAGGAGGCAGGAAUAGACGGAGGCGGGAUCUUUAGGGAGUUUCUCCACGAGCUCCUGAAGGCAGGGUUCGACCCAAACCGCGGGUUCUUCCGUACGACCAACGACGGCCAGGUCUACCCAAACCCCGCGUCAGAACUCCUUGUGGAACACUACGCCAGGCAUUACUACUUCUUAGGCAGGAUGUUGGGAAAGGCCCUGUAUGAGAACAUGUUAGUGGAGAUCCCGUUUGCCAGCUUCUUCCUGUCCAAGAUUCUCAGUAAACACAACCAUGUGGACAUCGACCAGCUGCAGUCACUCGACCCUGAAGUCUACAGAAACCUGUUGUUCCUGAAGAACUAUGAUGGAGACGUGUCAGACCUGGCCUUGAACUUCACCAUUGUCAACAAUGACCUUGGAGAGGCACAGGUUGUAGAGCUGAAACCUGGUGGUCAGAACAUCCCUGUGACAUCAGAGAACAGGAUUCAGUACAUCCACCUGGUGGCUGACUAUAGACUCAACAAACAGAUCCGUGCCCACUGCAUGUCCUUCAGACAGGGUCUAGCUGAUGUGGUCAACCUGGAGUGGCUGCGAAUGUUUGAUGACCAAGAGUUACAGGUGGUGAUUUCUGGUUCCCAACAGCCUAUAGAUGUUGCUGACCUUAGGAAGCAUACAAACUAUUCAGGAGGUUACACAGAUGAACAUCCUGUGAUCGAGACGUUCUGGAAGGUUGUACGUGAGUUUACCAACAGGCAGCGCCGACACCUGCUCAAGUUUGUCACCAGCUGUUCACGGCCCCCACUCCUGGGCUUCAAGGAGUUGUACCCAGCCUUCUGUAUCCACCACGGUGGUCCUGAGGAGGACAGACUCCCCACGGCCAGUACCUGCAUGAACCUGCUCAAACUGCCCGAAUUCCAGGACGAAGAGACCAUGAGGAGCAAACUACUGUACGCCGUGGAGUCUAACGCCGGUUUCGAACUCAGCUAGAAGUUUGGGGAAACUACUACUACAUGUAGUAGUUUCAUGUCCUUGUUUCAUGUAACCAGCAAAUAGGAAAAUGUACAGAGGGUGAAGGGUUUGGCUGGUGUGAAGAUACUGUUGCUCAGAGAAAGACUGAUACUGUUUGAAGGGUUUUUGAUUGGAAGAGAGGGAAGAUUUUAUUCUAGGAAAAGAUUACGUAACUGCUUCUCGUAUUUAGAAGACAUCCCUGAAAAUUGGUGGAUAUAGCUUUGGUAGGAUGAUUUCUCAAGGUCCAUCCCCACAGUGAAACAAUGGAUUCUCCCUUAGAGCACAGUGGAGGAAUAGACAUGAUUUACAUGGAUGUAGAGAGAAAGAGACUUUCCUGUCUCACACUUGCAGUGAACACAACAACAGCAAUUUAAAUACUGUCAUCAGGCACUUUUGGGCAUUGUUCAAAUGUAGUUUCAGUAGUGGUGAGCACGUUUGUAGCUUUGAGAGGAACGGUGUGGUGUUGCAGAGUUGUAGAAUCGGGAACACAACUGCUCUGUCAAGAGCAGGCAUUCUUUUACAAUGAUAGAGCUGGCAACUAGCCUGGCAUAGUUGAAAAAUGAAUUGUGGAUUGGUACUUGCUGGUGAAAAGGUUUUGUGGUGGAACUGUCUGAUAAUUUACAUGUGUAGCCGAAGACAACAUUUGGCCCAUGAAUGAUGAACUGAGAGUUUGAUUGAGUCUCCUACACAUACUUGUCAUCACAUUUGAAAGUGAUACUGGUACAUGUACUGCCUUCCAAGUACUUUGUGUACAAAAUUUGACGAACUCACUAUACCCAUUAUGAAAGAGAGGCAUCUUUUGAAAAAGUUGAUAACGUAAUUGUCAUGGAUUUAGAAAAAAAGUGAAAUAUAUUCUGAUGUUUAAUGUUUAUUGAAAAAAAUUGUCUGACUGGUAAAUAUGAAAUAUGAAAUAGGAAGUUACCAAUUAACUCUCUAUAUACAGCGCCGUAUGGCAUACUGUUGUUUACAUAGCUGACUAAUGCUCAAUGUAUCUUAUACUAGGCCAAAGACAAAGUUUCGCCCAGAUACAAACUGACUUGUAGUCACACAUCUGUAGCCUGGACAACUAAAUAAACCAAAGAUAGCACUUCUGAACGCACAGGUCACUACUGUCUGUAACAAACACUUAAAGAGGAUAAUACCUGAGUUCACACUUUCACAGACCGGCAUUGCAGGAUGUCAUUUCCAUCAACAUUCAAAUAAAUGUGCAUUCAAAAACAUGCUAGGUAUACGCACGUUCAAUGGGGGCCCACAAGCCCUUUUCCGUAGAGCGUAAUCGGCCAUUUUAUUUCUACGUAGAACGUAGCCGGACCGCUCUAAUUCAACGUAGAGUGUAUUCACCAUUUUAAUUCUACGUAAUGCGUUGUAGCCACUUGGAAUUUAUCGUAAAGCGUAAUCGAGAGGUUUUUGAAUUCAGCGUAGAGCGUUGUCGGGACCCCCCCUUGCAGGCCCUCUUCAAUGUGUUCAAAUUGGUGCGCAUACCAGUAAGUACAUUUUCAAAACAUGUUUGGAUGUUGGUAGAAGUUGCGUAGGUGUGAGCUUGUCUGUUGUCUUCGUCCUUAUUAACUAUUACUUCAACACUAACCUUGCUUUGGACUUAUCCAUGCAGAAACUUUCUGUUAAUUAUGGAAGAAGCCAGUUAGUAGACAGAGAAUCGAGCACACUUUCUAAGAACAGCUGGCUACCUGGCACAUUGUAACAUGGGACAUUUUAGCCAGGGUUGUGGUAUAUUACUGGUUGAAUAAAUAAAUUGAAAUUGAAAAUAUUAGUUAACCAUGUGUAAGAAAAUUUUGCAUUGGUGACUGUAUAUUUCCAAGUCAUGUGAACCUAACAGAUAAUAUAUAUUGUUAAUCCCCAUUCCUGUAGCCUGCUAUACACAUCAAUGAUACCAAAAGCAUUUUGUCAGUUUUUAAAAAGUAACAAUGAUAUUCAAAUGCUACGUUGCAUAAUUUGAUGCCUACCAGUAACUUACAUCUAAGGCUGACUCUUGACCAUCGAUUUCAAAAGUCCACUUGCAACACAGCAGAACUACUUGGUCACUACUGUCACCAUACAUGUAUGUCUUUAGAUAUUCAUUUUUUUUGUCUUUUGUCUCUUUUAAAAGCCAUCAUGGAAGAUGUUAAGUUGAAAUGUUUCAGUACUGAAAAGUCAAGUGUUAUUUAGUUGUUAUUAUGU